GGCGGAGCAAUAGAAUAAAAAGACUCGGCAAGAAGCCAAAACUGCCCAAAAUAGCACUAUAAUAAAAAAAAGAGAGGAAAAAUCUGUUCUUUUUGUUGCCCAUGGACUUCGAUCUGAAGCAAUGGAGAAACCAGGAGGAGUCAGAAGCAAAGGCACCAAGAAUCAUGCUUGAUCUCCACUCCACCCCAACCACUCAUGGGGGUGGGGGUGGGAGUGGGGUGUCAUCUUUCUCUGCACUUCCAUUGUUUGUAUCUGAACCAACCACCACCAAGCUGUCAGCAUACUCUCCUGAUUCUACAUACACUGCCACCAUCAAAAUUCCAAGGGCUGGGAAAAGUUACUUCAGCUUGGGGCAAUGGCAAGAACUUGAACUGCAGGCUUUGAUCUUCAGACACAUGAUUGCUGGUGCACCUGUUCCUCAGGAACUUCUCCACAUUGUAAAGAAAAGUUCUCCUCCAUUCUAUUUCCCUCACCAUCUUCACCCACAUCUCCACCACCCCCAAUCUAUGAUGCAGGCGGGGUACUGGGGAAGGGCGGCAAUGGAUCCGGAGCCGGGGAGGUGCCGGAGGACCGACGGGAAGAAAUGGCGGUGUUCGAGAGACGUGGUCGGCGGUCAGAAGUACUGUGAGCGCCACGUGCACCGCGGGCGCAACCGUUCAAGAAAGUCAGCGGAGACUCCCAUGCCUGUUUCUACUCCGACUGCCGGCGGUGGGUUGGCGGGUAAAUCUGCGGCGGAUGCUCAGCCGCCGUCAUUGUCAGCGGCUGCCGAUCCUUUGCCUUCCGGCGAUCCCUUUCACGCGAAGCAGAGAGAGAUGGAGCCCAUUGUGAGACCAAACGGUCCAUGGGAGGCCCCAAGUGACGGACGAUCAAGUGGGCAAACGCUGCGCCGUUUCUUUGACGACUGGCCCAGACCACUUCAAGAGACUGAACGCGCCGCCGGAGCGGACGCCAGCUCCGCCACAAACCUCUCCAUCUCUUUCCCUGGGAAUGCCACUUCCGAUUUCUCGCUUAAGCUAUCCACCGGAGAAGGAAUCAGCAACGGCCGCCCCGAGCUUCGUAACUCGUGGGGGACGAGCCAAGUGGUGGCAUCAAUGGGCGGCGGCCCGCUGGCUGAGGCGCUGAGAUCCUCGACGUCCGCCUCAUCUCCGACGAGCGUUUUGCAUCAAUUGCAGCAAAAUUCUACUAGUACUAUCACCAGUUGAUUCACAAGUUGAUGCUUUUGUUUGGAAAAUUAGAAAAAAUGUCAAGGCAUUGUUAACUCUUUCUCCAUUUACCUAACUCUGUGAUCUAUGAACGUAUGAUUUGCAUUUCAUGUGAUGAUUUUCUUUAUGAUUUUCUUAUCGUGCUUUCCCAAUAUGUAG